AUGGAGUGCUCGUGCGGCGUGGGACCGACUUACGGGAUAGAAUGGUCGUACGACUCAAGCCUAGGACCAUCCAAGUGGCCGAGAAUCUUCGCGAAAUGCAAGGGCAGUCGCCAGUCCCCCGUUGCCAUAAGCACUUCAAUGGUGCACAUGAACAGGACGCUAGGGCGGAUAUACCUGCGGGGAUUCAGCAAGAUCCAGCAAUAUACAGUCGAGAAUGUCGGAGCGACAGUGGUGGUAACGGCAACUCCAGGACAGCUUAUACCACGAGUGGAGAAUCCAAGUACGGGUGAGGUUUACAUCUUUGACAGCCUUCACUUUCAUUGGACGUCGGAACACGUGGUCAACGGCGUGCGCUUUGCUAUGGAGGCGCACUUUGUGCUCUACAACGGCAAAUACAAGGACAUCAACUCCGCAAGAGAACAUGACGAUGGAUUGGAAGUUGUAGCAGCACUCUUUCAGGUGCGAGCGCUCCCCAAUCCCAAGCUUCGACGCCUUUUAAGUGGCAUCAGUCGUGUCCUCGAUCCUCACCAGAAGACCACCAUCGCCAUGGCCCUAGAUGACCUCCUGCCCGUGUAUAUUUCCACGUAUUUUCGCUACCCUGGCUCCCUUACGACACCAUUAUGUGACGAAGUGGUCACGUGGACGUUACUUUACCCUCCGAGCUCUGUCGGCGCAAAACAAGCAGUCGUUAUCACCGUGACACUCCGCGACAGAAAUUGGCCCACGACUUACAAGACGAGGACUAUAUGCCAUGGUCGCUUAGCUAAUUUAGCAUCAUCCAUGAAAGACACGCCAGUUGCACGAACUCAGUGGCAUCCUGGGUCUGCUUGCACGAACCGUUACGAGAUUCCUCGGUGGCUUCCGCUUGUAGGAAGGAAAUUGAGGAAAUUCCUCAUUGGUGUCCUCAGUAGCCUCCGUAGUGCUCCGGGCACGUGA